CUAAAAUGGGUCAGACUCUGGAGAGCAGCUCCAGUCUCAUCAUCACCAUCACCCGGAGGAGAGAGCAACCAAAUCACGGCUUUAAUCCGUGACAUAUCCGUCAUAGACCAUCGUCAUCCCUUCCUUUUUUAUAAAUAGUCUGUAUUCUAUUUGGUGUUCUCUCUGGAUGGAUGGAGGUUCGUCUUCGGUCUCUGGGACUGAACCGGUUCGGUAAAGACCUCCACACGCUUCGCGCAGACACCGACUCCUCGAACUGUGCUCAGACCGGCGGAUGGAUGCGGGACGCUGGGUCGCGUUCUCGGUGAAAACAAAGGAGACGGACUAAAGUCCUGCCACGUGAACUUUGGACCCUCAGAGCGUCUGAACAUCUGAUGGAGGACUGUUUACGCCAACGCUGUCGUCCUGCUCGUUCUUGUGGAUCCCUGCUCUCUCUGUUUCUGAUCGCACGCUGUUGAUCUGCAGCCGCCAUGUUUCCGUGUCACUUCAGUCGACCCACGCGGACACCGCUCGCCACCGUCCUCGUGAUGAUUAUGAUGGUGGUGCUGAUGUCACUUCCUGUGUCAGCUGUGGAGCCUGAGACUUGUUACUCGAGACAACACCAGAGCGCCAGAGUCAACGCCAAACUGGCGCUAAACAGAGCGGGGACGCAGAUGGUCACUCGACUGGUUCGCUCAGAAAGGGACUGUGUCCUCGCCUGCUGCUCAGAGGACGUCCAGCCUGGUACCAAGUGCAACAUGGCUGUCUAUGUUGGCAACAAGCAAGACGAGGACAAACGCGACGGUAACUGCAUGUUGUUCCACUGUCAGAGUGAACAGGACUGUCCUUUAAUGAAGGCUCAGGACGGAGUCAACACCUACGACAUCUACAAAGGGUUGAUUCAUCCUACCACAGUGAGAGCUCUCACUACAACAACCACAAAAGAGACCACGACUACCAUGACCGCGCCACCACCGACGACACCCACAACCACAACCACCAAAGCGACUUCCACCACCACACAGAGCACAACAACAAUGCCAGCAACCACCACAACCACAACGACCACAACCACAGAGCCAACUACCACCACCACCGCCACAACAACACCAACCACCACAACAACACCAACCACCACAGAGGCACCAGCAACCACCACAGCACCUCCACCCAUCCUCAUCAUCGCCACAAUGCCUGCAAUACCUCCAUCACCCACAACCAUUACCAGCACAACAACAACAGCAGCAAUGACGACAACAACAACAACAACAACAACAGAAGAAACUCCCACCACCACAGCGGCUGCCGCCAUUGUCACCAUGAAAAAGAUACAAAACAAAACCAGCAGAAAACAAAAUAAAACCACCAAGAAAGGAAAACCUCAUCCUAUCACAACCACCACCACCACCCAGCCAACAACAACCUCCACCACGACAUCACUUCCUGUUAUACAACAGGAAGGGAUGUCAGGCGAAGAGGACGAACAGAGAAUUACCAACAAACUUGUACAUGUUGAAAGUAUCACAACUAGCACGGUUCCCACAACGACUACGAUAACAGCUACCACCACUGCUCCUGCCACCACUACUACCACAACAACUACUACUCCUACUACUACUACUACUACCACUACAACGACCACUAUUAGUACUUCUACAACUACUAGUACAACAACUAUGACUGCCGACGAACCGCCCACUGCGAAGACGACUCCUGCAGUGAGCCUGGUCAUUGUCCCCAAAGACGCCGCCCAGAACUCGAAUGUUGCGCAGGGGAAAGUGUCUACAGCGCGCGGGGCGCUGAAGAGUGGCAUGGUGGCGUUCAUGGUGCUGGGGCUCGCCAUGCUAACGCUAGCCCUGGCCAUUGGUGGACGGAAGGCGAUGGAGUCGUUUGACCGGCGCCAUUACACGAGACUGGAGCUCAACGACCUGCACUACGAGGUGUGAGAUGUCGGGAAAAAAUGUUUCAGGACAAAAUGCUCAAACAAAUGAUUGUUUAGCAUCGAUUAGCAUCCGAUAACUUUGAAACGACACAUAGUGGUUUAUCACCAAGUUAUUGUUCUGUCACAUUGGCUCGUUACGUAUGAUCGCACCAGAACGUUCUGAGAUUGUAUGGAUUCUGAAAAGUCUCCGAUAAUUUGUAUUUUGCGCGUCCACAGAAAAUUUUCUUUAAUGUUUCUCAACAUUAACCCGAGUUUAAUAUGUGAAGGCUCUCAGUAAUCUUGGUCAUAUGUGUCUUCAGUAGUUAGCUGCUAACUACUCAAGGUUACGAAGGUUUUGACUUUGCAAUUUUAACGCCAGCCUCGAAUUUCAGUAAAACCCCUUUUUUAUUUUCUGAAAUGUAAGAUUCUGCCUCAGAAAUGUAAUGUUCACACUGAACGGUAAGAAAAUUCUUUGGGUCAAAAUAUUCCGAUAUAAAAAAAUUCACGUCGCUAUUCGGAUCGUUAGCCCAAGCCAAAGUGUAUUCCAUGCCAGUCAGUUUUCCGAUCAAAAAGUUUCCCAAAAUUUCUGUUUGCCUUAUCUAAUUUGUUUCAUCAAUUUCGGAAGUUGGUCAGAAUGCUUACGUCUUAGCCACCAAAAAAAAUGUUUCACUUGAGUGAUUCACGUUGAGAUUCGAAUCGUUAGCCCAAGCCAAAAAAGUACAAAGGUAAAUGACGUAACUGCCCAACAUUUCUCUUCAUUUCUUCCUUUCUUUUUCUAAUGUGUUUUAUCAACUUCGGAAACUUUCCCUACAUAUUUUUGGGACUACUACAAUUUUACAGAAUGCUAACGUCUUAAUCGAGACUUUUUUCCAUAUUGUGUUUUACGCCGUGCUUUUUUUUUUUUUUUUACAUAUUUUAGCUUUAAAGCUACUUAUGUAUGAGCCAGAGAGAUCGCAAACUCCGUCGCCACCUGGUUUUUAACGUGUCGACCAUGGAGAAACUUUCAGCGGGCGAAAGAACGCAGAAGAAGAACAGCAAUAUUUUUAAUUCUCUGAUUCUCAGGAAACCUCUGACGUGGAACAGGAAGUGAACGCUGGACGUAGACGGUUCUGUGAAUACGACAAAAACACCUGCAUGUCUUUUUACUAACACAAGCUUCACUUCUCUCUCUCUCACUGUGUUGUUUUUUUCUAUUUCCUGUUUCACACAUGGAACGAGCCUUUUGAUGCAAUCCCUCUGAAAAUGAUGCACUAUCGUUUGCUGUGGUCUUUUGAUAAAUGUGAUCGGCUUCUUUUUUCAAUAUAUUAAUAGACGAUAGAUUGUUUUUUCACGGGUGAGUCGAGUCACCGGCUGCGCACUAUUUUCCUAUAAUCGCUAAAUUCCGUUUGUACGGGACAUGUCUGUGAAUUGUGGAGAUGGUGGCGAUUGCUCCGGCUGAGCUGCCGCCGUUCACCAGCAGGUGGCAGCGUCGGCCUGUUCAAUGUGACCUGACAAAACUGACACGUUUCACUGAAGUCGCUUUGAUUGGUACUUCCUGUUUAAUUAACGAUGAUGUCAUAGUUUUUUGGUCUUGUUUUUCGUGAAGUGAUGCUUUUGCAUAAGUUUGGAAAACAAAUUGGUUGUUUUGUUCUUGUAAAGAUUAAAAUAUGUGAUUUUUGAAA